GUUCGGGACACCCUGAGGCUGGCAGACAAACCCUUCUUCCUGGUGCUGGAGGAAGAUGGCACAACUGUAGAGACGGAAGACUAUUUCCAAGCCCUGGCAGACAACACAGUGUUCAUGGUCCUCCAGGAGGGGCAGAAAUGGCAACCCCCAUCAGAGCAGAGCACUAGGUGCCAACUCUGUCUCUUGCAUAAGCCUGCCAAGAAGAUUGAUGUGGCCUGCAUAACCUUCGACCUGUACAAGAUGAACCCACAAGACUUGAUUGGUUGCCUGAACGUGAAGGCAACUCUCUAUGGCACAUACUCCCUGUCCUAUGAUCUGCACUGCUACAGGGCCAAGCACAUGCUGAAGAAAGCUCUUCGCUGGGCCCUCUUCAGCAUGCAGGCCACAGGCCAUCUGUUGCUUGGUACCUCCUGUUACAUGCAGCAGCUCCUGGAUGCCCCAACGGGAGGGCAGCCCCCCAAGGACAAGGCCCCACCCCUCACCCCAUCCUGUCUGAAGACACUGCAACGAAGGCCCAAGUCCUUGGAGGUCUUCCCCAGCCAAGUCUAGACUGGGGACCCCGUGCUCAGCUGGUAGCACGCACAAGCCAGCAGCUAGAGAGCGUCUUACCUCGUCACACCUCCCUCACCUUCCUCAUGAAUGAGGAAGCAGGGGGAAGCAAAGGGGAACUGAGGGUUCUUGGCCUGGCCCAGCUCCUUUCUGCCCAAGGGAGCUUAGCUGACCAAGACUGGUCACCAGCAGGCUAGGCACGCGGUCUGCCCCUCAGCUACCUGUCUUCA